GUUCACGUGGACUCCUAUAUUUCCACAUUGGAAGGCUCCUUCUUGCCUCUGCCCUUCCCCUUCCUUUGUUUGUCAAGUAGCAUGAUGACCUUUCUAGCUUCCUCUCCUCUUCCUCCAUAAUCUCCUUUUCCUCUUCCUCAACCACCCCCCGCCCCCGCCCCCCCACAAGACUCCCCUUUCCAUGGAUCCCUCCGACGCGCCGAGGCCCUCGCCGCGCCGCGAGCUCCAAGGCCCGCGGCCCACUCCCCUCAAAGUCCGCAAAGAUUCCUACAAGAUCAAGAAGCCCCCGCCAGGCCCCUCCCAGCCGGCGGCCGCCGCGCUGCCGCCCCAACACCGCAAUCCGGUCAUCAUCUACACCGUCUCGCCCAAGAUCAUCCACACCAAACCCAGCGACUUCAUGACCCUCGUCCAACGCCUUACCGGGCCGGACUCCUCCGCCGGGCCAUCCACCGAUGCCUCCCUCCCGUCGCCGUCGUCCUACGGCGGCGGCGCGCUCUCCCCCGCCGCCCGCCUUGCCACCUUCGAGAAGUCGGCCCAGUCGUCGGACGGCGACCGGCCACGGAGCUCCGGCGUCGAUGUCCAGGAGCACUUCGACGUGGACGUUGGUGGGCCGUUCUUGGACCGGCCCGGUUCCUUCCCGGGGAUACUGUCACCGAUGCCGGCGUCCCUCCCGCCGAUAUCGCCCAACUUCUUCUCGCCGAUUUCGUCGUUCGACACGAAUUCUUUGAGCUUCUUGCAAGAACUGAGCCCAGUGUUUUCAGGCAACAAGGGCUUCUUGGAUGGCGGUCCCAGUCCCAACUACUACUUAUCAACUCCCACCGUCCCUUCUCCAGGUUCCUGCUGGGAUCUCCUCAGCCAGUUCCAAGAUUUCUAGUUCAAGAGGAGAGGAAAAAUUGGGAUUGGAAUCAAAGGAGGAAGGUGGAUGGAAAGAAGAGGUGGUCAAGUUGAGAAAUACAUUCAUGGUGGGCCAUGUGAUUGCUACUCCUCCAGCAGCGGACGGCCAACCUUUGGCUUCUAAUUUCUUAUCUCUCUCUUUUACUAAACGCAUGGGUAAACAUUGCUGCAGCUUCGCAUGCGCCUGGACUUCAGAGUGCAUCCGAUUUGAUUGCCCGACAACCAUUGAAUGAGACUUGGAUGGUGGCUGGUCUAAGUGAAAGAGAGGCUUGUUAUCGUUGUAUCUAUUUAUUUAUUCUUUUUUCUCGACAGACACUCUUGUUGCAAUUUGCAAAUUAUACAAAGAAGAUAUAUUAUGUCAUCCUAGAUACUGU